AUGGCUGACUGGGUGGCCGCCGACUGGCAAGAAACGCUGGCCUGCUUCGGGGGAGACCACUGGUGGGCCACCUGGUACUUCGGCCAGGCCAUCGCAAAGGGCUGUUGUCGUCAAUUCCGACACUUCGGUGUCUGGGUGUCUUGGUCUUGGCAACGGUUCGCGUCUUGCGCACUGAAUCAACCACUCAAGCACACGAGACGCUUCGUUGUUGAGCGUGCCAAAGGUAGUCCAUCGCCCAGGCAGUGGAAGCUGGAGGAGGAUGACUUGGGCCAGCCGAAGCUGAACCUUGUGGACAGCUUGGAGCGCGACGACUUCUACGAUCAAUCGCAGUGCCAAGUAUCGGACCUUGAUGCCCUGAUCCCAGCCCGUCGUGUCAUCGUGCACGAGUUCUUCAUGACCAAUGGGAAGUUCCUGGACGCACGUCAGGGGGAUCAGUUCUGCACGAGGCGCACUGGUCGUCUCGUGACGAAGAAAGAGGGCAAGGACAAGUUUUUCCUCGCCUCAGACGAUGGAUUCCUCAUGUACCUGAACGGGGAGAAGGUCGUGGACACAAACGGCUGCCGCGGAGAGCAGGAGAAGGGCAGUGGCGACAACUUCCUGAAGCCAGGUGCAUAUGAGAUCGUGGAGCACAUGUGCGAGAAGGGUGGCGGCGAGGUCUUGAAGAUGCACUGGAAAGGACCAGACGGUGGCAACUCCACGGUGAAGAUCCCAGCUGGGGUGCUCAAGCACAAGAAGCCGAAGCUGAACCUCGUGGACUGCUUCGAGCUCGACUACUUCUACGAUCAAUCGCUGUGCGAAGCACCGGACCUAGGUGCCCUGAUCCCAGCCCGUCGUGUCAUCGUGCACGAAAUCUUCAUGACCAAUGGGAAGUUCCCGGACGCACGUCAGGGGGAUCAGUUCUGCACGAGGCGCACUGGUCGUCUCGUGACGAAGAAAGAGGGCAAGGACAAGUUUUUCCUCGCCUCAGACGAUGGAUUCCUCAUGUACGUGAACGGGGAGAAGGUCGUAGACAACAACGGCUGCCGCAGAGAACAGGAGAAGGGCAGUGGCGACAAGUUCCUGAAGCCAGGUGCCCACGAGAUCGUGGUGCACAUGUGCGAGAAGGGUGGCGGCGAGGUCUUGAAGAUGCACUGGAAAGGACCAGACGGUGGCAACUCCAAGGUCAAGAUCCCAGCUGGGGUGCUCACGCACGAGAAGGAUGUUCCCGUCGAUCAGUACGUCCAAGGGAAGACCUGCAACAAGUUUCGGUGGUUUACGAAGGGCUCCUCUUGGCCUUCAGGAAAGGCCGAUGUCUUGGGCGACUGCUUCGGGACCUGCGACGAUGGGGACAAAGUCUGCUUCCAGAGCUUGCCGAAGGCCUACAAAGAGGCGGGCGACGAUGCAGAUACCACUGAAUACACCGCCAUGCAGAAGAGCAGUGCUGGCAGCAGUUGCCACGUUCGUCCCAGCCUGGCUGGCGAGAUUUCUCCAGGGGAGCGCUUCGGCGCAAGCGACGCAGAUGCUGGCAGAGGCUUGGUGGACCUUGAUCCAGUAGUCGGCCGCCAACGCGGGGAAGAGCUUCUUUCAAUGUUGCGCGGUGGGCCUGUAUCCAAAGGUGCUGGCCACAGUGGCCAGGACCUCGUGCAGACUCCGAAGGCGAAGGCCCCGGCAAAAGGAGUACCCACGCCUCCGCCGAAGGCACCGGCAAAAGGAGUAGCCACGCCUCCGCCGAAGGCACCGGCAAAAGGAGUAGCCACGCCUCCGCCGAAGGCACCGGCAAAAGGAGUAGCCACGCCUCCGCCGAAG